UAUUUUGUACAUAUAAAACAAAAAAUAAUAAAAUUACAUAUUUUUUCAAAAUAUUAAGAACGCAUCUAUCUUAUCGCUUUAAUCAAUAUUUUGAAAUCUUAAGAUGGAUGUGAAUAACAGUUUUACAUCUUAACUCAAGUAAUUUUAAUUAAUUUCUAAUAAAACGAUGCUAUCGUGUUUCAAAGCAUAAAUCUUUAUCUUGAAUAUCCUUAUAUCUCUCAUAGCUCUUAAUAAGAUUUGAUCAAGUAAAGAUAUUGUAAAUUUCGAACGACCUUAGUGCCGAAACUUUUCAACCGUGAAAUACUGCUCUUCUCACUCUUUCAAACUUUCAUCUAGAGAAGCAAUUAUGCAUAGAAAUUUCAUAAGCGCACAAUUACGUUACGAAGUUGCGGACAUCUUCCGCUUAUCUAGAUUGCGUCUCUUGAAAUCUUAAUUCUUCGAGCCAAGAAGUCCCACCACCGCGAAACUCCUCCGUUUGUUCUCUCAAGAAUUGAGUCGCAUCAUUAACCGCUUACAAAUCACAAUUGCAGAGCUUAGAUCAUAAUUAUAAAAUACAAAUAUGCAAUUAUGCCUAAUUUUAACUACAGUUAACAAGGGAUUUAGCAUCCAACGUAUGGUUCAAGGGUCGUGGUAAAAAUUUGCGUAAAGAAAAAACGGCACCGCUUGAACGGCAAUCGCGCGGUCUCCGUCGCGGAUCGCUGGAGGACUCUUUCCUUUCCAUUCCUCUCAUCGCGCCGGGAGUCGAUUACAUAAAAUCGAUACCUACUGGGGCUAGAAUUAACUGCGCGGGUCACCGUCGUCGGUGAGCUUUCCACCUAUUCCCGACGAUUUCGAAGAAUCGCGCAAUUUCGUCACCCACUUACGUGCAACACCGCGCUUGGCCGGGGGGGUUGCGUAACUUCGGCAAUGAAACUCGGCGAACUAUCUCGACGUUUUGAAAUGGCCUACACAUGCACGUUCGCGAGCGUAACCGGCCGGUUUUCCCAUACCCACGUACAAACCACGGACUACACGCCGCGUCCACGCGAAUCCACGCCACGCCAUGGAGCACGAAUUGUAAACAUCCGCUCAUGGUGCAUAAUAUUCACAUAAAAUUUGCGCAACGCUGCGCGGCCACUGUUGUAUAAAAUAGACGCCCAUGAGAAGAUGCUUUCAGUAGAGUCGACUGGAGCCGUCCGAGAAGUGAAUUCAUUAUGAGUUACUAUUUGUACUUCUCUCUGUUGGUGAUCGCCGUUUGCGAGGCGGGCAUAAUAACAAACGUGGAUCACUCGCACCACGCGGUUUAUCACGGUCAUGGAGCUACCAGUUAUCAAAACGUGCAACUUGACAAUCACGAUACUAUAGUGGUGCCCACGAACUACGGAGACCCUGCGGAGAUUCACGAGUCUUUGGAACACCAUCACGAGCCAAUUAUUCCAAUCGUGGAGUCUCACAAUGACGUAGAUCACAUCGUGUCCCAUUCCGCUCCAUACGAAGAACUUACUAUCGCUGACUUUAAACUUAAAUCCGACGUACUCGAGCAUUACAUCGAUCACGAUCACGAUCAUGAUCACGAUCAUUAUAAUCUUCAUCUAUAAAAAAAAUAAUUUAGAAAAUACUGUAGUUGAAUAAUUAAAACGCAAUCUUUUUUGUAUAAUUAAUUUAGAUAAUUCAUUCAAAAUUAAGUAAAAAUUUUUCAGACUUGAGUAACUGCAAAGCUUAUUUAAUUAAUUCAAAAAAGUUAAUCAAUAUAAAAAUUUAUUCUGUGUUUAAAAAUUUUUAAUAUUUGUUGUAGCAUAAUUUUUAUAUCGUAUCGUAAUUUUUGUCGACGUACAGAGAUAUGUUCUUGUGAACAUGAUUAUCCAUAAAAUAUACAUAAAUAACGUGUAAACGUGAUUGGCGUAUUUUUUUUUUAUUUCCUUUAUAUCCAAUAUAGAUAUAUAUGUAUAGGAUGAUAUAAUAAUUUAUGUAAAUAACAUUAUGUUAUAAUGAAAACAACAACGUGGUAAUCAUUAUACUAGGCUCUCGUUUGAAAUUUAUUUACAAUCCUAUAUGACCAUUCAUGUAAGGGCCGUGUAAGAGGCGCUUCCUUCGAUCUGCAGAUUACAGCCCGCAGCUGUAAGUUACGCGCAGUCUGGAGAUUCAAACGCUCUAUAUAAUACUCUAGUCAUUAUCAGCAGUCACGACAAUUAUAAACGGCUAGGUCCGACCGUGAGAGCGUCUCUCAACUUAAGGUAUGUAUGGUCUAGGAAUUAUCACGGUAACAGAGAAAUUUUCCCCUCGGCAUUAGGCAUUGAUUCAC